CUCAGUAUUAUAAUAUUAUACCUCCACAUCCUCCACGUCGUCUGUAGCAAUGGCCGGCCCAAAAUCAUCCAAGCCUGCGUCUUCAGCAACAACUGAAGCGGUCUCGUCACUAUGGAAGUCUUACACUGAACAGACUCCAGACCGUCUAAAAUUCAUCGACGCAUUCCUUGUCUUCAUCAUUCUUUCUGGAGUCACACAGUUCCUCUACUGCGUGCUUGUCACCAACUUUCCUUUCAAUGCCUUCUUGGCUGGAUUCUCCAGUUCCGUUGGACAGUUCGUCCUGACUGCGUCACUGCGUUCGCAAGUCAACCCCGAAAACAGAUCGGAAUUCAAGGAGGUAUCGCCCGAGCGUGCAUUUGCAGACUUCGCACUCGGUUCGAUUGUGUUACAUUUCUUUGUGUACAACUUCCUUGGAUGAGAAGCAUGUAUUGUAGAGAGGGAUGUAACGAGGUCAACGGCAACCCUAUUUCGCAGUAAAUUCCUGCAACACUUGCACGUAAUAGAUAUCCCACCCAUUGGACUCUCGCUCUUUCGAAUGGAUAAGGAUAGUGAUAUCUAGAUGAAUGCC